AUGGCAACCUUCAACACGGGCCUUCAUCUUUUAAAAUGCCAAAUCCAAGUCUUGAGCCGAAUGCUGUUUGGAAUUCUAAUGAUUGGAGCCAUUGCCUUUCUACUCUUAGGUGUCAUGUGUGGCUAUGCGGGCAAAUUUUGUGUGGACACUUUGGGAGGGAGUGGGUCCCACUGGCUAAUUUAUUGGGAGGCCCUUUGUUUGUUGCAUUUCUUGUCAAAUGUUUUCAGCCCGUAUCUUUAUGUUAUCUUAAAUGGGCCCAUCACCGUUGUGGAGCGGGCCGAGGGCAAGAGCCCAGUCCUUUUCCCAUAUUGGGUGAGAAGGGUGAUUGUCUUUGCUAGCUCUGUUGCUAAUUUUGCCUUUAUUUUGUGGGCUACUGCCGUUUGCGGGCCCACGGGAGUGGUUCGAGCAUUUCCGGUCAGGGGCUUUGGGUUUCUUGAUGGUGGUCGAUGA